AUGACUCUUGAGCAGCCGGUCAUGGAGGAUGGUUUACCAAGCAAAGUUCGGGGAGCGAAGGACGAGAAAGAAGGACGCGAGCAGCAUCCCCGGGAGUACGUCGCUCGGCAAACAACGAAGCAGUACAAGUUAACAACUUUCAGCAGCUCCACGCAAGCGACACCAGCAAAAUCAAGCGACAGCGUGUUGAUGCGACUUCCUGCCGAGCUUAGAAACACGAUCUAUGAGUUGGUUUUGCUCCAGGACGAGAAGGUCAUCGUGACCAGCCUGCGCCGCAGCCCUCGCGGCCGCUCGCGAACAGGCAACAACAGUCUCUGGCUCAGGUCGAUCCGGCAGGGUAGAGGUGAGCCCGACUUGAGCUUGCUGAGCGUUUCCAAGCAAGUCCGACAGGAAACACUAUCCAUCUUUUACCGCGGCCACCGAUUCUACAUCAGCAUCCUCGCUUCUGAGAUGAACCACGUCUACUCAUGCCUGAAGUCGCUCUCGGCACAGCUCGGUGACCAGUGGCCCGCCCUCGACUCUCUCUUGUCCCGGAGGGCUGGUCCGAUAGGGUCUGCGCCCACUCGUUGGCUGCGCUGGCCUCAUUAUAAGGACAAAGAGCCGUCGAAUCUUCCGUUUCCGACCUCUGCGACGGUCUCCAAGAUAGGCAGACAACUCCAAGAGGUGGUGAGAGUUGGGGAGAAAGCAAGGCAGAGUGGUGCAUCGGUCGAGAGGUUGGAGAUGCACUUCCGGGACUGGGUGUUUGAGACGGCGAGGAAGAUCUGCAGGGAAAGUGUGGAUGACAGUCUGCAGAUGGUGUAUUCGGCGCUGGAGAGGGAUGAUGGGAGGGCUGAGCUUGCGUGGGAUGAGCCCGAGCGCGUGAUUGCGUCGGCUCGUUCGAGGAGAUCGUGA